AUGUCGCUCCGACCUGUCCUCUACCACAUUUUCCCAAAGCCAUUACCAUACCUUCCAGCACUUGCCUUGCAAGAAAAGAUUCAUAGCAUACAAGCACGCAGUCGAACGACGUCAUCAACAGGCGAAAAGGAGGCCACGCAGAGUUCGCUCUCUGGAUCCAAGCACCCGGACAUACUCUUGUUACUGGAGCACCGACCGGUGUAUACGGCUGGACGACGACAGGAUGCUGUCGCUCUGGACGAGGAACGAAAACGCUUGGUCAGGAGCGGUGCGGAGUGGGUUGCGACGCAGCGAGGAGGCGAAACGACGUAUCAUGGACCCGGACAGAUUGUUGGUUAUCCUCUAUUUGACUUGACGCGUAUGGGGAUUCGGACACGUGAACACGUUUGCAGGACGCAGACGCUCUUGAAGGAUUAUUUACGUGACCGACAUAACGUGCCGUCUUUUGAGUCGACACACACGGGUGUGUUUGUAUCCGAGACGGAAAAGGUGGCGUCAAUUGGGAUGCAAGUCCGCCAUGGACUCACGUCACAUGGAUUUGCAAUCAACAUUACCGAUGAGCCGCUCCGAUGGUUCGACCAGGUCGUCGCGUGUGGUCUCGCCGACGUUCGGGCAGCGAGUGCAGAGUCUGCUCGUGCACAGUUUACUGGUGAACGGGUGCCGUUGAAUAUUCGAGAGGAAUGCGAGGUCCUCAGGGAUAUGUUUGGUGAGGUAUAUCAUAUGCCUGUCAAGAGGUUGGACGAGGCGGAGGUGGAGAUAUGGCAGGCCGUCAAAGAGGUUGAAGCUGUGGCUGAACAGGCAGGAGAAUGGCCGAGAGAACCGAUACAGACAUGA